AUGGAAAAAAAUACAUUUACACAGAAUAUAUAUUUCAAAGGAUUUAAUGACAGAAAGAAGAAUUAUUUAAACGUUGAAGAGAAAAAAAAUUUACAUGAUUGUGAUAGUAACAUUAAAGAAUUAUCAAAAAAUAUAACAGCUAUAAAAAAUUCGAAAGAAGAAGAAAAUACUUAUAAUAUAAGAGUAGUAAAUAAUAUGAACUCAACAAAUAAUACACUAUCUUAUGACUCUUUAAAAAAUAUGAAUAAUAAAAAUAAUUAUAUAAAUACUUUAUCAAAUCAUUUAAAUUUUAAUAGUAUGAAUGGAGCAUAUGGAAAUAAUAAUAUGAAUAAUAUGAACAAUAUGAACAAUUAUAUGAAUAAUAUGAACAAUAAUAUGAACAAUAAUAUGAAUAAUAAUAUGAAUAAUAAUAUGAACAAUAAUAUGAAUAAUAUAAAUAAUAAUAAUAUUAGUAACAAUUUGAAUGAUAACUCUUUUAAGAUGAAUCAGAACUCCUUAUGCAAUAACAUGAAUGAAGGCAAAUUAUAUUCAAAUAUUUUUCCAGAUAAUAAGAAUACAGAUAAAAAUUUUGAAAGAACCAAUUUUUAUAUGAACUCAUUUAAUAAGAAUAGAAAUAUAAAUAUAAAUAAAAAUGAAUUUAUUGGUUCUAAUGUAAACAAUGAUAAUAUUAUGAUUAAUACAAAUCAACAGAAUUGUAAUUUUUUAAAUAAAAAUAUAGAUAAUAUUAAUAAUAAUAUUAAUAAUAAUAAUAUUAAUAAUAAUAAUAAUAUUAAUAAUAAUAAUAUUAAUAAUAAUAAUAUUCCUUUGAUGAAUAGUAUCAAAAAUAAUCUAAACAAUUUUAUAAACAGCUCAAGUAUUUUAAUAAACAAAAAUGUAAUAAGUAAAAAUAUCUCACUUAAUCAUUUUUGUGAUAAUAAUAUGGAUCCUAUGAAAAAAAAUACAAGCGACAUUUUAAACAACAACAAUAAUAUCAACAAUAAUAUCAACAGUAGUAGUAUCAAUAAUAUCAACAGUAGUAGUAUCAAUAAUAUCAACAGUAGUAGUAACAUUAAUAUCAACAGUAGUAGUAACAUUAAUAUCAACAGUAGUAGUAACAAUAAUGUGAACAGUUUGAAUAAUCCAAAUGUUUUAUUAAAAAAUUUUAACACCAGUGGUAGUAAUCUCUUACAUAAUAAAAACUUCAAUCAAUUAAAUUAUAUGAAUAAUAUGAACUCAUAUAAUAAUAUACCCAUAAAUAUUGAUAAUUCAAAUAUGUUAAAUAAUAAAAACAUGGGAAGUAGUAAACUUAUAAAUAUGUCUACAAAUAUAAAUGGAUCAAUCGAAAGAUCAAAUAUUUCUACAUACAACAAUCAAAAUAAUAUGUUAAGUAGUAAGCUGGUUCAUCAGUUGCCUUCUUCGACUAUUGAUAUUAAUCAUAGAAGCAUGCAUAAAUGUAGCAACAUUAAUAUGAAUAAUAUGAAUAAUAUUAAUAGUAAUAGUCAAUAUUUGCUUACUUUAAAUUGUAAGAAUAACUCCAACAAUGUUCUAGAAAACAAUAUGAAAGGCAUGGAAGAUAUCUUAAACUUUGAUCAUGUAAAUGAUAAAACAGUUUUAAAUAACAAAUUUGGAAGUAAUAAAAUCAUAGGAGAUGUAAUGAAUAAGGGUACUUCUAUGAGUUUGUUUAAUAAUAGUGUUAAUUUUUUAAGAAAAAAAGUUGUCAACACGAAUCACUGUGAUAGUAUGAUUCAUAUGAAUAAUAUGAAUAAUUAUAAUUCGUUAAACCUUUUAAACAAUGAAAAGGAAGGGAUGAGAAAGGGUUUUAUAUCAGAAUUGAAAAAUGAGAUGGUUAUAGAGAAUAAUAAAAAUGUAGUUGAUGUUAAUAUAUUGAGCAAUAAGGUAAAUCAUAACAAUAUAAGUACAGAUAAUUAUGCAAAUAUAUUAAAAAAUUUAUGUACUCCUAUUAAAAAUAAAAAAGUGGAAAAUGUGUGUGAAUAUAUGGAUGACACCAUGAGAGACAAUAAGGAUAUGAAUGAUAUGAAUGAUAAGAAUGAUAUGAAUGAUAAGAAUGAUAAGAAUGAUAAGAAUGAUAAGAAUGAUAUGAAUGAUAUGAAUGAUAAGAGUGAUGAAAUACACUAUCAAAAUAUCAAAUCAAACAACCACAAUAAUAAUAAUAGUUUGAUAAGUGUUAUGCAUAAUAAUAGUGGAAAAGAAAAUAUACUUGUAAAUGAUAGUAUAAUGUGUGAUAUAUAUAAGAGUAGUAAUAAUUUUAAAAAAGAUAAUAUAUUAAACAAUAAUAUGAGUAAUAAUGAUAAUGAGUUAUUUAAGAAUAAUCUUAUAUCAUACAACCAAAAUAAUAAUAUUAAUAAUAAUAUUAAUAAUAAUAAUAAUAAUAUUAAUAAUAAUAAUAUUAAUGCUGAUGUAUAUUUAAAUCAAGAAAGUGGUAUGUGUAAUAAUAAUAACAUUUAUGAACUUAAGAAAUUAAAUUUAUUUGCUGAAAGAAAAAAGAAAGGAGAUAAAGAAAUAAAUAAUGAAAAUAAAAUAAAUAAAAUGAAAAAAUGUAAAACUAAAGUAUUCUUUUAUAUAAAUCCUAAAUAUAUUAUAGAACCUUUGAAAAGGAAAAUAUAUCAGAAUAUGUCUAUAUAUAUUGAGAAUUUAAUUAGUGAAGUUAAAUCAAUAGAAAAUAAAGAUAGAGCAGAUAUAUUAACAGAUUUUCAUAAUACAUCUUGGUUCUGCAUGAUAUUUGAUUUUGAUGGCAUUAGUAAAUUAUUAAAUGUAUUUAAUAAAUAUUUAAUAUAUUCUGAUGCUUUAAUUAUCCCUGAUAUAUUAUUAUAUAACAAUAUGGAAGUAACAACAAAUAAUAUCAAUAUAUCAAAUAAUAAUAAUGGAAAUUCUAAUAUACAAAAUAUUCAUGAUAAUUCAUCUGAUCACAAUCAUAUGUUAUCAAAUAUUUCUCAAGAAAAUGAAUCUUUUUUAAAAAAUAUGGAUUAUUUUUUUCAAAAGACAGAUACAUUAGAUCUAUUACAUAAAAAAAUCUUUGAAUAUGAAAAUAAUAUCAUUGAAAGUGUAGAGAAAUAUAAUUAUUUAAAAGAAUUAUGUAACUCUUUAAAAAAACAAGUUAUUAUGAAAAAAAAAAAAUUAUUAUUAUUAAUAGAAAAAGCAAAACUUUUAAACUUUACAUACAAAAAUGAAGAUCUACAAAUGCUUUUAGAUAUAGAAAAAAAAUGCCAACUACAAAAUGGAUUCAAAAUGGGUGAUAAUAAUAUUAAUGGUAACAAUGUGAAUGAUAAUAAUAUUAAUGGUAACAAUGUGAAUGAUAAUAAUAUUAAUGGUAACAAUGUGAAUGAUAAUAAUAUUAAUGGUAAUAAUAUUAAUAGUAAUAAUAUAUAUGAUAAUAAUAAUAAUUCUGCCCUUUUGUUAAAUAACGAAUAUUAUAAUAUCUUUAAAAAAAUUAACGAUGGCUUAAAAUAUUUAAAAAAAUAUUCUAGUAUCAUUUUAUCAAACGAACAUAUGCAUGAUCAUAUAAAAAAUGAAGAAGACAUCCAAAAUAUUUAUGAGUCCUCCAUUUCUACAGAAGAUCAUAGUUGUGAUAAUAAUAUUAAUGAUGAAAUGAGAAAACUAGAAAAAUAUCACGACGAUGAAAAAUUUGAUGAUGAUGAUGAUGACAUACAAGAUGAAAACAAACAAGAAAAUAUGGAUCAACAACUUGAAAAAGGAAAUAAACAAAACAAAGAAGAUAAUAAAUAUCAAGAUAGUGUGAGUAAUAUGUAUAUAUCAACAAAUAAAAAUAAAAGAAAAAGUAUUCAUUAUAAGCAAAGUGACUAUCUAAAAAUGCAAAGUAUAGGAGAUGACAUAAAUAAUAAAGAAACAAAUAAAAAAAGAAAAACAGUCAAACAAAUAAAAAAUAUAAAGUGGGAAAAAGAAAAUAAUGAAGAAUGGGUCGAUGAGUUUUUAGAAGAUUUUUAG